AUGGAUACCUACAAGCAAUUUUUUUCGACAAGUGGUUUAUGUUUGAACACAUCUGUUGAGACUCAACCAGGUCUUGAAGUGCAAGAUGCUUCUUCAGGGAACACAUGGCCAUGGUCAUCACAGGAGACCCACGCUGGAAUACAGGACGAAAAAGUUGCAAUAUUAGAGCGUAGGCAAAUCGCGGGGCUAUCGAUUGGAACAUUUUGGGCUCUGGUCGUCUUGCUAUGUCUCAUUGUCGGAGGUGGAAUAAGUGGAGGUAUCAACACAAGUCCGGGGGUGGAGAAUUCUGCCGCUUGGGUAUGCUCGACAACAACAAACGUCAAAUAUUCGACGAGUAUCGUAGACUCGAUAGUACCUUCAACGACAAGCUCAGGAUUGAUAAUAGAUAAUUCAAAUAUAGCUUCAUCGUCUACGACGUCAUCCACGCCGUCUAAUCCAUCAGUAUCGACUGCGCCAACAUCCCAUUGCUCCGAUGAAUUUUCCACAGUUAAUGAUUCUCUCGUUCAGCCCCUCUCUUCAGAGGGUUCAGCUAUCAACUUAUCAGGCAUAGCGCAGACUUUUCGCGUCGCUUGUUACACAAACUAUCUGUCUGGCGCUCAAUAUGGAAAUCCAAGAAUUUACGACAUCAUGAAGAUAUAUAUGCCGGAUCUAACUCAGUGUAUGAUGGCCUGCGCAGAGUAUAACGCGGGUUAUUCUACCAAUCUACAAGGUGGGAUCGACGUAGGAGGGGGCUUAUGUAGGGCAGUCAGUAUGGUAAUAAAGGACAGGGAGUUUUGUUAUUUGAAGAAUGGGACUGGUGUUAACAACACAGCGAAUAGUGGGGGUGAUGCAGUCCGAAAAGAUAGUGCUAUCUUGCAAUAA